AAAGCAUGUAGGCAUGUUAGGGCUUUGCCUAGUUAUGUUCUCAUUGUGACAUACAGGAGCAAGGGGAGGAGGAUAAGAAAGAGAAAGAGAAGGAGGAGCAGUUGGAGGGGAGUUUUCUUUCAUUUUUUUGUGCAAGUGAGGAAGUGGUUUUAAGUUGAGGCGCUUUAUUUGCUCUCAAAGUUUGCUCGUGCUUGACUUGGGUUGAAUGGAGUUUUCUGAACACAUCAAGACCGCCAAUGUAGAAGAUGUUGUGCUCCAGCAGCCUCUGCACCCUCCCAGCAAGGGCACCCUGUGCAUCACCAGCCACCACUUGCUCUUCUCCGACAGGGAGGAGCGCAGCGGUCGGCAGGUUCUGCUGCUCCUCAGAAACAUUGAUGCUGUUGAGAAAAGCAGUGUUGAAAACCUUGUGAACUACUUCGGCCUCUUUCCUAAUGCCGGCCGCAGCGACAGGGCUACAGAAUCUUCGGGGACCCUCGUCAUCAAAUGUAAAGACCUGCGUGUACUCCAGCUUGAGAUCCCAGGCAUGGAGCAGUGUCUUAACAUUGCACAAUCUAUUGAGACUCUGUCCUGUCUGGAUUGCGUCGCUGAGAUGUACCCUUUCUUUUACCGACCCUCCAAUGCCAGCCUCCGGGACCAGUGGGGCCUCUCCACCCCCGAAAGGCAUUACACCGAAAUGGAGGCGCUUCAUGGAAGAUGGAGACUGAGCACUGUGAACCAAGACUACUCAGUGUGUCCCUCUUACCCUCCAGCUGUCAUUGUUCCCAAGGCGAUUGGUGACGAUGCACUGAAAAAGGCGGCCAAAUUCAGACAAGGGGGGCGCUUCCCUGUCCUCUGCUACUACCACAGGAAGAACGGCACGGUCAUUUUGCGCAGUAGUCAGCCACUGGCGGGAGCCAACCGGAAGCGUUGCAUCCAAGAUGAGCUUCUUUUGCAGGCUGCGAUUGAGGGCUCAGACAAAGGUUACAUUAUUGACACGCGCUCAGCUCAGCAGGCGCAGCAGGCCAGGAUGAUGGGCGGCGGGUUUGAGUCCAAAUCAUGCUACAGCGGCUGGAAGAGACUACACAGACAUAUGGAGAGGGGUAAAACACUUCAGGAAAGUCUAAUCAAGCUGGUGGAGGCCUGUGGUGACAAGUCCCCUAAUAUGGACCGCUGGCUCAGUAAACUCGAAAAUUCCAAGUGGUUGUCUCAUGUCCAAACAGCUCUAUCAACUGCUGGCCUGCUGGCAGAGUGUGUGGAGAGGGACGGUCGCUCAGUUCUUGUUCACGGUUCUGAGGGGACAGGCUCCACGCUGCUUAUUAGCACUCUCGCACAACUCAUUAUGGAUCCAAGUUGUCGUACACUGGAAGGCUUUCUCACACUUCUCGAGAGGGAGUUUGUACAGGCAGGACAUCCAUUCCAGCAGCGAUGUUCGCACUCAGCCUUCUCCCACGCUCGUCUCCAGCAGGAAUGUCCAGUGUUCUUGUUGCUGCUGGACUGCGUGUGGCAGUUAUGGUACCAGUUCCCCCUCGCACUUGGCUUCUCUGAGGCACUUCUCCUCAGGCUGGCUACUGAGGCCUACUCCUCAGACUACGGCACCUUCCUCUGUAACAGCGAUAUGGAACGCUGUGCUCUCCAAGUCAAGGGCAAGACUCACUGUUUGUUUCGGGUCCUGCUGAAGCCAAGGGAAAGAGAGCAAUACACCAACCCACUAUAUGAGCCCAAUGAGCUGGCCAUUUGGCCAUCAGUCCACCCACAAUCCUUACAGCUAUGGAGAGGCUUCUUUCUGAGGUGGACCCAACAGACUCAUCACCUGGAAUUGGUCCAGGAGGACAUAAGGAACAUGGUCAUUGAGUGGGGGAAGUUGGCACUCAGCUGAUGACCAUUUGUCAAUAAAGAGCAUGAUCAAUGAGUUUUUGAGGAAUGUUACAUCGGUCAUCCUCAUUAACACUG